UCCUGCUCCUUCAGUUUUGACUUCUUAAGGGAAAAAUCCUGCAGCUGCAACCAGCCAGCCAUAGCAGGCAGAGAACAGGUGCCAGCAGCUCUUCUAGAAGCAGAAAUGGUUCUUGCACGCCUGCUGUGGUUUUUCAUGAUGUCAUCCAUUCAUCAUUGUGAGCUGACUGGCUGCCCCCUAGGCCUUGGCCAGCUGCCCAUGGUCAGAAGGGAAGAAACAGAUCCCAGGACAACUGUGCAGAGGGCCCCUAAGCAUGUGCAGACAUGAUGACAUCAGUUCCACCUAGAACGUCUUGGUGGAAUUCGAAGAAGACUGUAAAAGUUAUAAGAUCUUAUACAACCUUCCCUUCCUUGAAUGCCUGGGGAAAAUUCAGGGGCCUCUUGCCUGUGGAUAGGGAGCCGAACCCUGGAGUGGGCCUGGGUGUGGAGGAAGGACUACUCUGCCAGAUGGUCCAUUCUCCAGAAUUCAACCUGUUUCCUAACUCCGUGGUGUUUGAAAGCAACUUUGUCCAGGUCAAAAGGGGCAGAAACUGGAAAAAAAUCUACAGAGCCUCCAACACCAUGGCCCUUGGGGUGACCUCCUCCGUGCCUUGCCUACCCCUUCCGAACAUCCUCCUUAUGGCCAGAGUCAAAUGGCUUCAGGGGCAGAGCCAGACAUGGAACAGACCAUCCACAGCCCCGAGCAUCAUCCUGAAGAGCAUUCUCCCUUUGAAGUUUGUGGAGCUCCAGAUCUAUGACCACCAUGAACGCAUCCUGAGGUUAAGGACAGUCACCGAGAAGAUCUACUUCCUAAAGCUCCACCCUGACCAUCCUGAGACUGUCUUCCACUUUUGGAUCCGCCUGGUUCAAAUUUUGCAGAAGGGUCUGUCCAUCACCACCAAGGACCCUAGCAUCCUUGUUACUCACUGCCUGGUACCCAAGAGCCUCUGCAGCCCAUGUGGAAAGUCUGAGUUAGUGCAAAAGAAACCUUCAAGUCCCCAGCCCAGUGAGAGCCUCAUGCAGCUGAUGGCCCAGGGGGAGAGUGAGGCCCUCUCGCAGAUCUUUGCCGACUUGCAUCAGCAGAAACAGUACAGUGCUAGGAGGAGCAAAAAGAUUCAGACCAACAAGACCAGCUCAGCAUCAAGAGGACAGUCGAGAGUGGAGGAGCCAGAGGCAACAAAAGCAAUAAAGCUACUCCCAGUGAAGAGAGUGUCCCCUGUACCCGUGAUCUCAGUUGGAGGGACGCAUUCACUUAUGGAGAGUGGGAAAGAGAGAACCCCUCUGGGCCACAGCCCCUCUCGCUCCUCGGCACUCUGGCUGCCUCCAGCAGGCCACGGCUGUCCCUACCUUGAGGAACUAUAUGACGAGUCCUUUCCCACUGGGGAGAGUUUAUGCAGCCUACACCAGGACUUCUCUUCAGUAUUCGGUUGCGGGGGGCUCUAACUGGACAGAAGGGCGGAGGAAAUUGCCCCUCGGAACAAACCCAAGUUAUCACAGCACUGACAGGAGGGCCUCCUCACCGGUCAGCCUCUCCACGUACGCUCACCACCACCUGAGAGUAGAGCAACCUGCAUCCCAUGGGCCGGGCAUGCCUUCCCCAAAAGACAGCCAGGAGAGGAGCAAGAUGAGGGAAGCGAUCCCAGCAUAGCUGUGCACACCAACAAAGCAGAGGCGACAUGGAAGCUGGCAGGAGGGAGUCAGAGAAGAGAUGCAGAGAGAAAAGUAGCAACACAAGGAAAUAGAAGAGACCCGGGAGAAAAGCUGAAGAGAACUAGACAAGAAACACAUCUCUGAGAGAUGCCCCGCCAAGCGUCUAUUUAUCUAAUUUAAAGAGUAAAGCCAUAAACCAA